GUUAGUCCGCUCUUCCUCUUUCAAAUUUGAAUUACUCUCUCACCUCCCAACAUUCUACAAAACACCCAAACACACAAAGCUGCCAUAGUCAAAGCUUCCAAAAUGUUAGCUCAAUCUCCCAUCUCUGCAGGCCAGAUCCAACACCUGAAAGCCGGCCGGAAGCCUCUCCAGCCAAAGAACGCUCCGGCGACUCCACUCGCCGCCGACGCAAUCAAGCCCAAACUGAAACCCGACUGGAUCGAGAUUUCACUGACCAACAGCUCGAACAACAAGGAAAAUGUCCAUCCCCUGCACGCGCCGCCGCCGGCGAAGAGCAAGCCGAGCUGUAACAUCGAGCUGUGCGAUUCCUCGCUGGCGGAGGAGCUCAGCGCGAUCCGGGAGAGGCUCGAGCGGUUGAGGAUCGACAAGCAGAAGACGGAGGAGAUGCUCCGGGAGCGAGACGCGGCACUGGAGUUGCAGAUGCGGGAGCUGAUGAACAGAGGAGAAAUCCAGAAGCAGCUCGAGCUCGAGGUCGAUCGCCUCUUCCGAUUGAAGGAGCUCCGAGUAUCUUGUAUGAGAAUAUCUCCGAUUCAAUCCCUCAGAGAUAAAGAAAGAGAGAAGAAGGGGAAAGAAGAUCAAUCCAAGGAAACGGCAGAAACUGAAGAUGAAGAAGGAUUGGAGUGUGGAAUCCGACCGUCGAGCCCAAAUUCAGAUCUUGAUACAGAGGAAUGAAAAAGAAGAAACAAAAUUUAUGAGUAUUUUUCACUUUUAGUAACUCAACUUUCCUAAUAUUUUCACCUAUAAUCUUUCACCAUCAUUUUUCCACCAUUAGUUUAUCCGUUUUGAAUUUCUUAUCACUUUUAAUCAUUUUGAAGAGUUUUUUGAGCAAGCAUUACUUGAAACUGGCAUGUGCACAACGGUAUUUCAGGUGAUGUUUAGCCUGAAAACUCUUUGAAAAGACUAAAAAUGGUAAAAACAUUUAAAGUAAAAUGGAGUAAUAGUGGAAAAAAUGAUAGUAGAAAUUAUAAGUGGAAAUGACACAAAUGUUGGAAAGGGUCAAAAGUGAAAAAAAAAAUCAAGAUUUAUUUAUACAUUAUUUAUUUAGUGGUGUUGGUUGGGAGAAAGGGGGGGUGGUGGGGAUGAGAAGAAACAUGCACAAUGCCUUAUUGUAUAUGUUGGGUUUGUUUUGUAGUGUGUUUUGGGGUUCAUCUUUGAAGCCACGAGUUUGUGGACAGAAACAGCAAUACCACUUUUGUUUCUCCUACAUAAACAGUUUACUAUGAUGAAUCGAGACAUGCCUAGGUUUGCUUAGUUUUGUGUUUUGUUGGUUGUUGUUGAAUGAAUGAAUGGCCUUUUCUUUUGCCUUU